CUCCCUCCCUUUUUUGCUACUCAUUCUAUCUCGCCAUUUCUCAGCCUUCCUCUCCCUUUUCCUCCCUCCCUUCUCUCUCUGUCUCUCUCUCUCUGUCUCUUCUCAGAUUCUCAGUGUCUCUCUACUCAUACACCACAUCAACAGCUACUGUCCAGACCGAGCUUUGCCAGGGAUGUUUAUUUCAUGCUUUUAUCAUACGGCAGCCUAAUGACGCAUAAUCGCUUCAUUUGCUUAACGAGCUGGGAGCCGGGGGCCGACACAGCCCGACUCGACCUGAUCUGCCAUCAUCAAACUGAAAGUGGAGCAAAGAGGCAGAUCUGAGAGUGGGAUAGACAGGCGAUAGAGACAAGACUUUUUGCAGAAGUUUAGAUGGAAAACAGGAGCAAAAAAACUCCAAAAUAGGGCUGUUGGAUAGAUUUGUUUUUGUUAGUUAUGAAUAGACGCAAGGUAGAAUGGAGGUAAAAGGUGGAAAAAGCUAAAAAGUACUUCAGAAGUUAAAGAAAAGUAUGUCAGGAGAAGAGAACCAAUAGUUGGAGUAAUGAAUUAAAGUUCAGCAAAGUAGAUUUUAGUUGAGAGUAGAUUUCUGUACGGGAUAUGACAUUUUGGCAGUCUAUCAAAGCAUGUAGUUGAAGUUGAGUGGAGUUCAGUAGAAAUUGGUUUUUAGAAAGACGUUUUUUUAGAAGGAAACACAUCAAAGAGUUCCGAGGAGCAAAGGAUAAACUGUCUGGAAAUGGAUCUUCUCGGGACUUUCUAAAAGAAAAAGACGAACCUUGGGAAGUUUUAAGGAGAAAGCAAUAGAGAAGAAACUAGAAUAACGUGGACUGUAAGUCGAAGCCAUGGAGCUGCUGGAGGCAUUCUAUCGAAGGAAGCUCAGGAAGAAGCAGAAGAAACCGGAGCUGGGCCGGUCAGACGGGGCCCUGUGUCGGUCACCAUCAGAGGCCAGCGUCAACAGCCUGGCGACCGGCCUCAUCUCCAAAGUCCUCAGGUUCACCUCCAGACGCGCUGAGCCGGCAUCUCGUCCUCAUUCAUGGCAUUCAUCAAAGCUCGAUGAAGGCCAGCAGGAGCUGGACCCAGGAGCAAUGGACAGCAUGAGCAGCACGUGGCACCACAACUACCACGCCAGUGUCUCGACCAACGAUCUGUCCGGCGGAUUCGACUCUGGCUACCUGAGGAAGAGUCCGGACCAGUACAGCUCCAGGGGCAGCAUGGACAGUCUGGACCAUCCCCAGUCCUCCCAGCUUCACUCUGGAGCUCAGCACCAGCACUCACUGGGCCACCACAGACUCAGUGGACCCCACCCAGCCUACUCCUCCUGCCACCAGCUGUCCUCAGCCAGGUCGUCCAACAGCAUUGAACACUUGCACAGCAAGAGAGACUCUGCCUAUUACUCUUUCUCCACUAGCUCCAGCAUCCAAGAAUACCACGCCUCCACCCCCUCAAUCAGCCCAGAGCGCUCCAGUUCACUGGACACCGUCCCUCAGAGAGCAGGGGGAAGUGGCGAGAUGCACCAGUCUGACAUGCGUUACGCCCCGUCAGUUUACGACACCCAGCAGGGCAUCUUUCAGGAGCACGAGCUGAGCUCCAACUCUGCCGUGUUCUUACGCAACAGCGACUCCAGGGGCGGAGCCAGGUCAGGGAUAGGUCGAGAUCCGCAAGGUUCAGCUAGCGGGGUCUGUUACCGUGGCAGCAGCAGCAGCACCAGUGGUGCACCGGCAUCAAACAGGCACAGUGUAGGACCAAUAUGGGCCCCGGCAGCGAACCGCAGCUCCUAUGAGAGCCUGAAGGGGGCGCCUGCUCCACCAAGGCGCAGUGAUAGUUAUGCCGUCAUCAGGAACCACGAGAGACCAAACUCCUGGUCCAGUCUGGAGCACGCCAGAUCACUACGGUCUCUGCAGAAAGGCUCCUGGCAUCACUCCAGUGGUAACGUUGCCUCAGCUAAAGGCUCGUAUGGUGCUGAGGGUCAGCUCCACACGGUGAUAGAGAAGAGUCCAGAGAGCAGCCCCACCACAAGGCCCCGUCAGGGUGGAGGCUUUCCUCAACCCCCGUCCCCUACCGGGCCUUCCUCUGGAUCUGCAGACCCCACGCCACAGGCCAGCCGGCUUAUUCUUCCUACCAGCAUUUACCCCGUUCCCCAGCCUGAGCCACACUACGCACAGAUGCCCAACUCCCCCAGCCCAGGCCCCUCUGGAGUCUACCCAGCCUUGGCCAAGGAGAGCAACUGGCAACAGCAACAUGAAGGAGCAACAGAGGGGCAGAGAGAUGGAAGGAUGUCAGCCACGGAAAAUGGAUACCCAACUAACACUUCAUCCUACCCCCACAGCUCUUACCCAACAGACAGGCAUCAACAGGAAGAGUCCAACUUUGGACCCUACAACCCACACAUCAAAACUACUGGAGGGGGAACAGAGAGCGAGAUAGUGGUCCAAAGAGCCCAGAAUCAUCAGAGCGUCCAAGAGCAGAAACAGGAUUUUCAUAUUCCCCAAAAUUACUCAGCCCCUGAACUCAGGCGUGCAUCACCACAGGAGAGGAGCGACCCCUAUGCACCUGUCCAGUCCUGGGGAGACCAAAACAGAUCAGUAGACCAGUCCAGUGUUCAUUCAGAGCCAGUGGCAUCUUCCAGGCUCGUCCAUGGACAGGUUCCACCCAACCACUCACCUGGUCAGCCCCAGGCUCAGGCUCCACCCUCUUCCGCCUCACAUCAUUCUCCCCGCCACCUCAGCGAUUCAUCCGCUCUGCAGUACCAGAACUGGGACCACAGAGAGCAGGACAAAGAUAAAGAGCACCCACUGACACGCCUGGAGCUCGCCCUUGCCGAGGUCCAGCGGUGCGGCAGCCCUGAAAGCGAUGCCCCCCAAGGGCCCGCUCGCAGCCUCUCCGUUUUGGAGAAAGUGAGUCGCUUCGAACGUCAACAACGCAACGGAAAGCAGCGCAGUCACAGCACCUCGCACAACAAGGCCCAUCUACGGAAUCAGAUCACAGACAAAGGUCGCAGUGCCCCUUGUGGAACAGAGGACCUCAGAAACAUGCUGGAGAGAAGCACCAAGGGCAUCAAAGUCCAAAGGACUCCGAGCUACAGAGGAGGCAGCAGUGAGCAUAUGAAACCCAGAACUCCAACAGAUCCAGUUUCAGCCCUGCAGAGGAGUCGCAGCAGCUUCCAUCUAGAUGGAUCCAAGGAGGAGGACAGCAGCAAGGACUUCCCCUGGAGACAAGAAAUCCAAGAGCUCAUGGCCCCAAUGCAGGACACAUCCACAAACAGAUCUUACAGGGACUCCUUGAAAGACGCCCAGUCUAAGGUCCUACGAUCCACCUCCUUCAGACGGAGGGACCUCACUUCAUCUGGCAGUGCCCAGCCUCCUCCAGCUCCUCCUUCUGUCUCCUCCUCCGGCAGCCAGCAGCCUCCACCCGUCCCUCCCAAAUACCACUCACUGGAGAAAAAAGGCCCCACAACCAUGCCAAAGCCACGGGGCAUUGUCAUCACGCCGCAGUCACAACCUCUGGUCACUUCCCCUCACACCCCCAAGGAGAGGCACGUGGUUACUCCCGAUGUUCGAGGCCCUAGCCCGCCACCCCUCCCCAGCGUCCCACCUGUUGGACAGCCUGCUCUACCGCGGAUUUGUGGCCGCAAGCGUUUGACGGCAGACCAGAAGAAGCGGUCAUACUCAGAACCAGAGAACAUGAACGAGGUUGGAAUUUCUGACCCAGAGACUGUGUCCCUAUUCCGACGUGGAGGAGAAACCAGUGUGGCAGACCGUCGGAAGAUGUUUGAACCUGCUGCAGGUUCAGUUGGGAGUGGAGCUUCUCAGAAUGCCAUUUCAAGGUCCGACCUGCGACAAGUGCAGCAAGAAGCUCUCGCCAAGUACAUGGAGAGAAGGAGAGGCGUGAGGAAAGAUGAGGGAGCACAGAGGAGCAUCUCAAGGCCUCGCAGUGCUUAUUUUCAGCCUGAAAAUGUUAACCAUGCAGCCUCCUCCUGUUACUCAGACACCCUCAGCCUCUCCUCCGCUUCCAGCCUCCUCUCCCUCCAAGACCCAUUUCCAGCUUCUCCUCAGGGGGAGAAGCACCCCGACUCAACCCUCCUUCCUGACCUGCGGAGCCACCAGUCUAACUUCUUCUACCCAGGCAGGGUCACCACACCGAGGCCACCAGCUCACCCACCAUCAAGCACUCCUUCUGGCUCCAGUCUUGAUCAGAUCUACCAGGAUCUUGUUCCUGAAGCAGAGCUCAGGAGACACAGCCAGUCAUCCAUCAGAGAGCCGAACCUGAGCCGUGAACAGCAGGUCGCAGAGCCUCAAGUCAACCGGGAACUGUCUAAGCAGCUCAAUGUUGCUCUGCAGAAGGCUGGGUCAGCUCACAAAACCGGGAAGUCAGCCUCAGCUGAGAAUCUCCUGGAGCGAUCUGAGGACACGCGAGCCCCCCCUCAGCACUUUCGCUCUCGUUCAUCCCCCAUCAUGGAGAGACUAAAUGAGGACUUCCUUCCAGACGAUGUCCGGGUGUUUGGCGUCUUCAUCUCCGAACAUGAACGCUGUGCUCUGGCUGCCAACAGACCUGCAAACGUCCAUGUACCAGAAGACUUCAUCUCUCCAUCCCAGAACAGCAUGAACACCUCCCAGCCCAUAGGACCCUCUAAAGGCGUCUCCCAAACACCGGUCAUUCGUAAGGAACGGCAGAGGAACAGCGAGCGCCAGCGUGCCCAAAGCACCUCCACCUUGGCGGCCUCUGUUGGCCUGCCCUACCCCUUGUCCCAACCCAGGACUCAGGAAAGAGGCAGCGAUGAGUGGCAGUCAAGCGAGAGGUUGAGCCAGGCCAAUCUGGCCGGCAUCACUUUCCCUGGCAUCCAGCAAACGAGUGUAGGCAGUGGUGAAGAAAGUGACGUUUCUGGUGUUGAACAUGAAAAACAGAGUAGACACAGUUUGAGUGACGCCACCCUGUUAGAGGACACUGCAAAGCACACUUACAGAGGCAGAGCCUCCAGUUUAGAGAUGAGAGGCGGACUUUCUGAAGAAAAUGUCAAACCAGUGUCCCCAGUGACACCAACCUCACCUAAAAGGAAGGGUAGCGGAAGCAGCACAUCCUCUCCGCUGCCGUUCUCCCAUCCGACUGUCCACCUGUCCUCACUGCGAAUCUCAGAGACCAGCCUCUUUGGCUCCGUCAGCCAACAGCAACCUCCUGAAACUUCCACAGGCACACCACUGGAGGACUAUGACGAGGUCUUCCUCCAAAAUCCUGCACCACCUCCUCCACCUCCUUCUCCACCUUUUUCUCCUCCAAUCAGGGAGACAAACAUCACUGAGGAUUUCCCUCCUCCACCUCCUCCUGUGGAGCUGGAGCAGGAGACUAAGGAGGAGACAGUGGGAAGUUCCACUUCGGAGUUCUCCACCAUCUCCACAAGAAAGUCUUUCCCCCAGUCUUUACCAGUCAGCUCUUCUUCUGUGCCCAGUCAACUUCCUUCAUUGGAACCCUCCACCAUCACUCCAACCACCACAUCCGCCACCACAGAGGACAACCUAAGUCUUGAGUACCAGCCGCUGCCCAAAAGGGAGAAGACAUCUGAAGAGCUGAGAGUGGAGGCUCUGGCUCAGCAGUUGGUGUUGCAGGACCCCUCUCUAGCACCCCUCUUGGACACGUGGGGAGGUAAAUCCACUAUAGAGCUAUUGGAGGAGAUCUUUCCAAACAGCAAAUUGAUUGGGAAAUCACAAUGGACCCACGGAGGCAGCGGCCAAGAGGAUGACAGGACCCAGGCUGGCAUCUGUGAUCCUGCUCAGAGCACGGCGGCAGAUCAAAAGACGGAGACCAAUCUGGAUGAAGAAGACAAGGAUCUCAACACCAGGAAGGUGGAGCUGUGUGAAGCUCUUAGGCGCAGCGUGGUGGCUCUGAAGCGGGAGAAAGAGGCGCUGUGUGAGGAGCAGAAGCAUCACAAGUCGCUGGGGGAUAGCAUCGAGACAAUGGUGCAGGACCACCUCAAAACCAACGAGAAGGACAAGUACAGCGUGUUCAUCGGUGAUCUGGAGAGGAUCGUGAACUUGCUGCUGUCUCUGUGCAGCCGGCUGUCGAGGAUUGACAGAUCUCUGCUCGCUCUGCAGAGAGACGGGCUGUCGCCAGAAGAAGCAGCUGAAGAGAGGGACUCCCUUAAUCACAAGCGCUCUCUCCUCCUUCGCCAAACCGAAGACGCUCGAGAGCUGAAGGAGAACCUGGACCGGCGGCAGCGCGUGGUCCACGCCAUCCUGUCCAGUUACCUCAGCGAACCCCAACUCCAAGACUACCGGCGCUUCGUCAGCACCAAGCCCUCCCUUCUGAUCCGCCAGCGACACCUGGACGACCUCAUACGACGGGGAGAGGAGCAGCUGACGCGAUUGGCCGAGAGCCUACCAGCAGAGCUGGCAGAGGCCAACGGCUGGCCUGCAGCAAGCCCCGUGCCCUGCUCUUCUUUGUUUCCACCACUGCUUCCACCUGCUACAAUUAUAAGCCCUAGCCACAUGGUCAGAUCUACCACUGUGACAUCACUGUGACAUCACGAACAUGAAGGACAGGUAGCACCAUAAAAAGUGAAGGAGCUUUACAUGAAGGAUGCCACAAAACAGGCUCCGCCCAUUUUGAAAUGACUAUGCAGACUUCACACAUGAAGAAAAGCCUUUAAUGUGCCUCUUUCUGUUCACGCCUGACUGCACAUUAGGCCUCUGUUCACCUGAACACCAGCAGCUAGACAAUAUUUCUAACCACAUUCUGCUCCAAUGAGUGAUUUUAAGAUCAGAGGAAUACCAGGAAAGUUUAUCAUCAAAUCCUUCAAAGGACAAUUCCAGCAUGGUGGAUAAUUUUCUCCAUUUUUUUAAACACUUAGACCUUUUCUGCUUUUUGGGGUUUUUUCUUGUUAUAUAUAUCCUGCUUCAGUGAUAGAUUAAACAUGGCCAAAGUUUCA